AUGCACAUUCGCAUCCCAACAAGUCACAAUAUAGUCGCUCAACUUGAGUGUAAUACGGAGAAUUGGAGUGCGACGGUGGCGGUACAAGCUGCGUGGUUGGAACGGAACUACUUGUUGCUCCGUGCGUUAAUCGCCACGCCCCUACGUCGGCUGAUCACAUUGAGUCCUGGAAUUAUUGUCUAA